CUUUGGCUCAUAUAUCCCAUUCCAUUGUUGCCAAGUAAUAUGUUCUGGAACUCUUGAUUUUCUCUUUCAGGUGGGUACCUGAAGUAUCCUUGACCAUUUGGCAAAAUGACUGAGAAACAGCAGCCUUUUUAUAUGCGAAUUGGGACUCAAAUGUCUGGGUAUUUAUUGAGGCUGUGGACCUUUUGCCAUAAAUUUUGGAAUGUCACUAUUAUGGGUCAUUUCGUUAAUAAGAAAGAAGAAUCCAUUCCUUCAUCUGACAGUACUUUUUACAAAGAAAGAAUUGUAAUAUUUGGCUAUAUAUUGAAGAAUAAAUCUCUAUCCCCUGAAACAAGAGCUCAAGCUGCAAAGAAAAUUGGACUUCUGGCAUUCACAGGAGGACCAGGUGCUGAGAAACUUGCUGCUGAGUACAUGAAAGAAGUAGCUUACUUGCUGCAAAAUGAUGAGGUGGCACCCAACAUAAAGAUCCUGCUGCUCCAGAGUAUAUCGUGUUGGUGCUACCUGAACCCUGGGAGCCAGCAAAUGGUCAAACGUCUGCGCUUUAUUCCUAUUCUUGUUGGUUUGUUGGAAAAUUACCUUGACUAUUCUGUCAAGCAGAACAAAAGCAGCCUUCUUUUCGUUAAAUUUUGGAUUUGUUAUACUCUAUGUGUCUUAGUGUACAAUGACUUUUCUUUACUAAAGGACCUUAAAGACUACAAUGCUCUAAAAUAUAAUUUGCAAAUACUAGCUUCAGAGAAUUGGUCGGGAUGGCCUGAGAAUUUUGCAGAAAUGUUGCAUCACCUAACUUGUCUUUAUGGCAUUUAAUUUUUUAAAUCAGUUAUAUUAUUCAGCUCUCUAUGCCAUUGUAUUACCUUGGUCAGAAACCUGAAAUGUAUAAUAAAAGGUGAUGCAUUA